AUGGGCCACGUGGAGGCUGCCUGUGACAAACUCAGGGGAUCACCGGCCACAGCAGAGAAAACCCAGGGUACUCACUUUGAACUCAUGAGGGGGAUGGCCCUGCAUGUGGAAGACCUGGAUAACCGUGGACGCUGCAACAACAUCAGGCUCCGCGGCCUACACGAAGGUGAGAAAACCCCAGCUCAACUCCAAACCCAUCUGAAGGAAAUAUUCCUGCUGAUUCUGGGCCAGGAACCAUCGGCCCUCAUUGAAUUUGUGCGAGCGCACUGUGCCCUUCGCCCAAAGGGCCCCCAGAUAGCCCCCAGGGAUAUAAUGUGCUGCCUCACUAAUUUUGCACUGAAGGAGGAAAUCCUCAGACAAGCCAGGGAUCGCCCAUCUAUCACCUACCAAACAUGCUCCCUGCAACUCUUCCCAGACCUUUCACCAGCUACACUGGGAUACCGCAGGACACUGAAACCAUUGACCAGGAUCCUCCAAACAUAG